ACACAACAACAACCAUUACUUACAGUGCAGAAAAACAACAAUAAGCAAGCAAUAACAAAAUGACACACAACUACAACAAUAACAAUAACAUGACACUGCCAACAACAGGAACAACUUCAACAUAUUUUACAUACAGCAUACCAGGCAUGGACAUAACGCCAGGACCACUUGUAUUCACCUAUGUUAGUGAAUUUUUAUCAUUUAUAACACCAGAAGAAUUACCACUCGAUCUGGUGAGAGAAGCGCUACAUAAAAAUCUCACAAUAGUGGAUUUCGCAUCAAAUGCCAUCAAAGUCGAAUCUGGUUUUAUAGCGAUUAUGACAAUAUUUGCGAUUUUUGCAUUUGUACCAUUAAUAGCCACAUGCGCUUGGUGUUGUUGUGGUCGUCGUUUAGAUGAAGAAGAAUUAGCCCGAGAUGGUCCAGUUACAAUGAUGGACGAAUCUCUAGAAGAUACUUUAAUCUGCCGAAAGCGUGCAUCGGUAGCAACACUAUGGAUAACGUUUAUAUUUUUAGUCUUAAGCGAUGUUUGCAUAUUUUAUGCUAACAGCCGUUUGGCUUCUACCGUUGAAAUGGCACCAGAAAUGGUUAAAUCUACCGUACAUGAUAUGGAAGUGUUUCUAAAAGACACACAUUUACAAAUCAAACAUAAAUUAGAUAAUGGUUUUCAUGUUUCUGUUGAGAAAGUUGUUAAGGACUUAGAGGACGUUGAUGUACUACUUGGAGAACCAAUUCAAGCGGAAAUAUCUGCAAAUACAGGUAUCGAACUGGCAUAUGAUUCUUUAGCUACAAUCAGUUUAGCAAAUGCUGAGUUGAUAUAUCGUGUCCUUAUGCUGCAAGAGACUGUCGGACGCGCCUUGAAAAUAUCACAAGAGGCUGCUGCACGUAUGGAGGAACUACAAAUCCAAUUGUCCGUGUUGCAACGUCAGUGUACAUAUCGUGAUCGACCACUUUGCGAUACACUAAGGAUAAGAAGUUUCGAAGAAAAUGGCAUUAUUGAAGCACUCAAAGCGUUGCAAGAGGACCAGACGAUAUUCCGUAUGCGAUAUUUGGGUGAAAUUGAAUUUGGUGCAACUGUCAAGAAUCUGUCGUCGGAGGUGGGUGUGUCACGUUCAAUAUUUAGCAAUUAUCCGCAACAAGUUAAACAUGACACGGCAUAUGAACGAAAUUAUACCUUGGAGCAAUUGGAGAAUAUAAGGCACCGCACUACGGCGAACGCCCAAAUGCUAACAUCGACCAUUAAUGUGCUCCUGGAUCGGUUGCAGGGGACAUGGGAAAGUGUACAACCCAAAUAUAACGAGCUGCAGGAAUGGUCAAAUUAUUAUUGGACAACUGGUUGGAUAACGGGCUUGGUUAUCAUUUGGGUGCUGCUAUUUGCAGUAAUGGCAUAUUGUUGCUUCCUUUGUGAGUCCAAUGUGAAGGCUGGAUUUGUGCUAUUUAUCGCCGUGUUUAUUAUAUGUGUCGGUAGUAUUUGCAUUACGCUGUACGGUGUGUUGACAUUAGCCGUUGGCGGCAAUACUGAAAUUUUCCUGUGUCGUGCCUUGUACGAUGGCAGCGCUGAUAGAGGUAACGAAUUUAAUAUGCUAGGUAAGUUAUUGGACAAACCGGGCUAUAUGUAUGAAUAUGAACCACAAAAUGGCAUAAUUGGUGAACUAUUACGUCCAAAUGGUGUAAAUCGCUCAAUUGUGAAUGUUAGCUUGGCAACAGCCUUGAGAGGCUGUGAGCAAAAUGAAGCAUCGUACAAUGUCUUCCAAUUGGAUGCAUUCGUUAAUACAACGCAAAUUUCCGAUUUGAAACAAUUUCCAAAAGUGACAACAGCCAUCGAUGCAAUUGAUGUGUCCGAACGUACGCUUUUGUCGUUGACGCAGACAAUACAAAACAUAUUGGAGAAUAUGUUGCAAACAUCUUCGUUCAAUUUGACCUCAUAUCGGGCCAGUAUUGGAGCACCAACGCCUGAAAAAGAUUUGGCUACGUUCAUCGAUCAAAUGCAGAGAGUGGCAUUGCAAAUACAGGAUGUUGCCACUUCCUCACGUAUGACAACACUUGGUAGUCGAUCGAAACGUUUGCAAGCUUCUAUUUUGCAGCCAUUGGAGCAAUUGCAGAACGAAAUUCUUUAUCAUCUGACAGCAUUGGAAUUGCAGAGAGACCCAUGGGCCAAGCAGGUCAAUCAGACAUUAAACCAUUUGCGCAACAUACAAGGAUACUUGGAAAAGACAGCUACCGAAAUAUGCCAAAAUCAAACACGCAUCUAUACAGAGAGGUUAGUAGAGCUGCAGUACGCAGCAGUAUGUCUGAGUGUCUGAGUGUCUGAGUGUCGGAGUUUCGGGUAA